UCUAAGCUAUCUUUAGCCCAAACCGGAUAUGACAAAGUGAGGGAACUGACAUAUGUAAGCUAAUCUUCCAUUCCCUUGGACUAACCAUUGCCAAAAUGUGGCCCAAAUCAGGGCGGAUGUAGAUCUGGAUCUAGCCGGUAGUAUUGUGUUCAUUCUCUCAUUCGGAAAAAAAAAACACACACACACAUACACAAGUAUUCUGUGCUGUCUGUGUUUUUUUUUCUCUCUCCUCGAUACGACAGCAAGACCAAUCGCUGUGGCGAUUUUUUUUGUACACAUCUGUACUCUUCAAGUGAGCCAUCAAGAUGUCGCCAAGACUUGCAUUCCAAAUGUGGCUCAUAUUCGUUUACGUCCUGGCUCUGGCCUUGACCGACCAGCAUUCGGGCCGCAUCAACUUCCAGAACAACAACAACGUUAUGUACGAGUGGGUGUACCUGGACUACGACUGGCCCAGCGAGCAGAUGAAGGCCAGGUACAUAGCCGAGAGGCGAUACAUCAUAGCCCACAAUUUCUUGUCCGCGGUCAAAACGUACAAGUCUCAAGUGUAUGUGACUGUACCUAGGCUGGGCUACACAACCGGAGUGCCCUCCACACUCAACGUCCUCGUCAACAGAGGAGACUCAACCGUGCUCAGACCUUUCCCUAAUUGGGCGGCGCAGGAAUUGGGCAACUGUAAUGCCCUUCAGUGUGCCAUGAGUAUCGAAGUGGACCCUUUAAACGGCCACAUCUACGUCAUCGACCCUGGCAGGGCCGGCAUCCUGGGGCCCAACACGACACUGCCCCGCCCAGUAGUGUGUCCAGCCAAGCUAGUGGUCUACGACCUGCACGAUGGGAAGAUGAUUCGAAGCCACGUUUUGCCAGAAAAUUUGGUUGCCAAGGAGACCAACUAUCUGAAUGACAUCGUGCUGGACAGAGGGGAUAGGUCAUCGCGAGCGGUCAAGUGGGUCUACAUCACGGACGCUGCGGAUUCCAAACUGAUCGCCUUCGACAUGGUCAGAAAUGUCACCACCAUUUUCCAGCACCCAUCCAUGAAUGCGGACCCCGGGGCCGGCUCAGAUAUUACCGUCAACGGACGCGUGUACACGCUGAGGAUCCCGAUCGACGGACUGGCCAUCUCUCCGGACUUCAACUUUGUCUACUACUGCGCCCUCGGCAGCAAGGACUUGUACCAGGUCCCCACCAGUGUCCUGAGGGACCCCAGGCUCGACUUCGGCGCCCACGUCAGGUUCGUCGGCGCCAAGGUGUCCCAGACCGGGGGCAUGACCUACGCCACCAACAACCUGUACUACGGCGCGCUGGGCGGCAACGCCGUGUACAAGUGGGAGAUCUUAAACGACAGGCUGAGACAGUCGGCCAACGAAAGCGCCGUCGUGAUGAAUACUCAAACCCUGGUGGCCAGGGACGAUCUCAAACUUCAGUGGCCAGACUCCUUCACGGUGGACGACAAUGGCCACUUAUGGUUCACAGCCUGCAAGGCCCAGCUUUUCCUCAGGGGCGGCAUGGACUACUCCGGAAACAGUGGGCCCAACUACAGGAUCUGGAGGGUGCGCAUCAACGAAGGGGGGUACCUGAACCCAUCCAAUCACGGCGACCCCCUGGUGGGCUGAAUAAAUCUGAUUUCUAAAUGUAGAGUUUGGGUUCAGCGUGCAAGUGUUUUCUUAAUUUCUUGUCUCGAAGAGUGUUUUGCAUAUUGUGAACUCUUCUUUAUUGAAAAUGACAAAAAAAAAAAAAAGCAUAAUUAACGCUUAUCCAUUUAGGCUAGAAAGUUAUAGUGCCAUCACUCUGCAUUUAUUGUAUGUGGUAUAACCACUUGCUAAAUCUAUUAUCUACGGUCGAUGUUGAGCAAUAAUGUGGCGCUUUUUUAAAAUUGGAUAUAUUUUAUACAUUUAAUAUGAAGGACCCUUUUAAUGUCAUAAUUUGACGACAUUAUUUUAUUUUAUGUCUAUAUGACUUAGACAGACUAAUUGAAACAAAUGCAUACAUUUUUAUAGACUUGUACUAUAGUAGAAUAUAAAAAAAAAAAAAAAAAAAAAAACAUAAGUUAAUAUUUGCACAUUUUUUUCGGUCACGAUAAUUAUACAUAUUAUUAAAUAUUCAUACGCAUUUAUCUUUAAAAAUGCCAAUAAAAAAAAAAAGAAUAUUAUUAUAGAAAUGUUACCCAGUAAAUGCUGCGACGGAAAUAUUUCAAAGAGUACACAACUCUUAACAGUUUGGUUUAGGUCAAAACUAUGAGCUGAGUUUUUGAAAUUUCCUGGGUUGUUUCUACCCAGUCUUGGUUCUUCCAAUCUUUAAUACUUAGACAUAAAGAACGCAAAAGAUUGUGUAAAUCUUAAAACGUUGUAGGUUUAGCUAGAUAUACUAUGUCUCCGGUAUUUAUUCUGGGGGGAAAAAAUGCACAAACUGGGGUUAGAUAAAGGAUCGCUUAUUGAAUGUCCCUUUGGUCAAUACACAUCGCAAUACUUUAGAUAGUGUUAUUCAGUAGUUUCAAACUGACUAGCUGACCACUACCGCCCGGCUUUGUUAUCGCACAAUGGUUUGUUGUUAUUUGAUCUUGUUGCUUUUAUUAAACAUGUUUUUAAA